AUGGCAUCUAGACUGGAUAGGCUGGUGACUAUCCUCGAGACGGGGAGCACCAAGCUUAUACGAGAAACCGCCGUCAACCAGCUUGCCGACUGGCAAAAGCAACAUCCCGAUGAGCUUUUCAACCUAUUAUCUCGUGUCGUUCCCUACCUUCGCCACAAGGACUGGGAAACUCGCAGCACGGCCGCAAAGGCCAUUGGCAGGAUCGCCGAAAACGCGCCUCUGUAUGACCCAAACGAGGAGGACGGUCCAUCAGAGCCAAAGAAAGAAGAGAGUGGCGCCGAAAAUGGGCACAUAAAGAAAGAAGAUGUUGACAAGGACAAUCCUCAGAUUGCGCAUGGCCUCCUCAGGUUUGUAUCACUCGAUGUCGACUCAAUCUUAACUAACGGCAGAGAGUUGCUUCGAGGAGGAGGUAUAGAAUACAGCCUGGCCUCGUUGGAUCCCCAAGCGAGACUAGAACACCAAAAGAAAACGCUAUUGGGCCGACUUGGCUUGUUGGGACGCAAAUUUGAAGACGAGGAGAUGCCUGUUGCUGCACAAAGCCAGUCACUGCCCAUGACUCCCAUAGACGGUCGAAAUGGCAAUGGACUUGCCCGAAGCGACAGCACAUCUCAGAGUCAAUGUGGAGAAGAUUCGCAGCUUAGCUCAAGGCAACUCAAUGUGUUGAAACGAAAACGAAAGAGAGAGGCUAUGAAAGCCUCUCAAGGUAAAGGAGGAUUCGGUGACCUGUCAAUCCGACGGUCCACGACGGCAGGGUCGGAAGGUUUGAUUGGAGACGAGACGCCCACUGCCGAAGGGGAGUCUAAAAAGAAUGGCAAAAUGAGCGAUUACUUUAACCUUGACCGGCCAACUGAUGUUGACGAAGACACCAAGGUUGUUAGCGAGUUCAAGGGCCCCGUUAUCUCCAUCAAAUCAGAACUGGAGGUAGAAGAUGCAUUGGAGGGUUCUGAGUGGCCGUAUGAACGACUAUGCGACUUUCUCAAAAUCGACCUUUUUGAUCCGUCGUGGGAGACACGUCAUGGUGCGGCCAUGGGCCUGAGAGAAGUUAUCAGGGUUCAUGGUGGAGGAGCUGGGCGCGCUCGCGGAAAGGGCAGAAAUGAUAACGACUCACUCAACAACAAGUGGCUGGAAGAUCUUGCCUGCCGACUUUGCUGCGUAUUGAUGCUUGACCGCUUCACCGACUACAGUUCGGACACCUCUGUGGCCCCCAUUAGGGAGACCAUUGGGCAGACUCUUGGUUCCGUCUUGAAGCAUAUACCCUCCAAGUCGGUUUACGAUAUCUACCGCAUCCUACAUCGCAUCGUGAUGCAGGAAGACCUUGAGUUGGAGCGCGCCGUUUGGGCUGUGCGUCAUGGUGGCAUGGUUGGUCUUCGAUACGUGGUUGCUGUGAGAAAAGACCUCCUUCUGCAGGAUGGUGACAUGAUUGAUGGCAUUGUACGGGCGGUCAUGAAAGGGCUUGGGGAUGCGGAUGAUGAUGUCAGGUCUGUUAGCGCAGCCACGCUUAUUCCCAUGGCAAAAGAAUUUGUCACGAUGCGCCCGGAUCAACUAGAUGGUCUGACGAGUAUUGUUUGGGAGAGUCUGUCGAACCUGGGUGACGACCUCAGCGCCAGCACCGGGCGUAUCAUGGACCUUCUCGCUACAUUAUGCGGUUUCCCGGAGGUACUCGAGGCUAUGAAGGCAUCAGCAGCCGAGGAUGAAGAGCGGUCUUUUACUCUAUUGGUCCCGCGCCUCUAUCCCUUUCUCCGUCACACUAUCACGUCGGUGCGGCUCGCUGUAUUGAAGGCUUUGCUCACAUUUGCCAACCUUGGCGACAACACUUCACACGGUUGGCUCAAUGGCCGAAUCCUAAGGCUCAUCUUCCAAAACAUUCUUGUCGAAAGAGACUUAGAAACGCUCAACACGUCAUUAGAAUUAUGGGACGCCUUAGUGGGCAGCCUGGCGAAAAACCCUACAAUCCUUGCAGAUGAGUUUGCACCUCAUAUUGAUCCCCUCAUGGAGCUUACCUUGCACCCAAUCGGCGUCUCUCGAAACCCUGUUCCGAUGAAUGCGACUUUAUUCCAAAAACCCUCCGGCGGAACAUAUUCGGCACCAGGCAUGAUGCCGCCCGCUGGGCGACGACUGUCGUCUCCUGAUGGCUCGGAUAGAGCACCGAAAAGACGACGUAGGUCUACGAAGACAGAAGAGGCUGUUUCAACAGGAAUGACUCACGAUGUCGACGGUCAUAUGAUGCAAGGUGAUGUUGACUUGGUCGGCAUGGAUGUGCUAAUCCGAUCUCGUGUUUCCGCGGCUACCGCCAUGGGCAAGAUCAUGUCUUUAGUUCCACCAUCGAAUCUCGAUGAUUUUGAUGCCCUGCUGGUGCCCGGACUGACAUCUGCCUUUUCCUCGACGCAGCUCAGUGCCUGCUUGGUCAUUGACGAAUUCGCCAAGAAUUGCACAAGUUUAGACGAACCAUUACGAUAUACCGAACAGCUGCAACGCAUGGUUGAACUGGACAGGCCAUCCUCAUAUAGAGACCUGGUCAAUUUCGUGCAGCGGGCUAGGACGCAGUGCCAGCAGCUCAUCCAUCUGUUCCGUGACCAUGGCAAAGUCUCACACGGCAAGCUUCCCGUACUUCCAGUCGUUGUACAAGGUGAGCCGGAAGCAGGACCAAGUGCCUUCUCAAUCGCCACGGCAGAGAAGUGCGUCGGAGACGAUUUCGAGAGAUUGAAGAAGAUAAUGUCCCCUGGACAGCGCUUGAUCGCCAGCCAGCAGCUUUCAGAGGCCAGAAAUGUCGCCGUGACCGCUAUCGAGGAAGCCAAGUCAUUCAAAGCCGCCCGAGAUACCAGAAUAAAAGCUGGUGCGGCUUGCGCCAUGGUUGCGAUGAGACUUCUACCGAAGAGACCGAGCCCCUUGAUCAAAGGCAUUAUGGACUCCGUCAAAGCAGAGGAAAAUCAGCUACUUCAGACCAGGUCCUCUGCAACCAUUUCCAGACUUGUCCAACUUUUUGCCGAGAAGGGUCGCAAGGGGCCUGCCGAUAAAGUCGUUGCGAAUCUUGUCAAGUUCUCGUGCGUUGAGGUUGCGGAGACCCCAGAAUUCCCUGUCCAUGCCACCAAAACUUCCUGUAUCCUCUCCAUGCAAAAGGACGAAGACCGGGUUGAUCAUCCGGAUGCUGCGAAGUGGGCAAAGGAGGCCAAAGCCGCCAGGAUCACGAGGCGUGGUGCAAAGGAGGCCCUUGAGAUACUCUCAAAGGCUUACGGUGCAACACUCUUAGAAACAGUUCCCAGUCUCCAGAGUUUCAUGGAAGAACCUUUGGUCAAAGCCUUCACAGGCGAUCUCCCUGCCGAAGCAAGGGAUCCCGAGAACGUUUAUGGGCAGGAGAUUGUCGACGCCAUGUCCGUCAUCCGAACCAUGACACCGACGUUGGACGUUGCCUUGCAUCCCUUUAUUAUGAAAAUGCUACCGCUAGUCAUCAAGGCUCUUCACUCGGAGCUCUCAGUGUUCCGAUACAUGGCAGCCAAGUGUCUUGCCACAAUCUGUAGCGUCAUUACAGUUGAAGGCAUGACUGCUCUUGUUGAAAAGGUCCUCCCAUCAAUCAGCAACCCCUUGGAUCUGAACUUCCGUCAGGGCGUCACGGAGGCCAUUUAUCACUUAAUCGCAGUUAUGGGGGAUGCAAUCUUGCCAUAUGUCAUCUUCCUCAUUGUGCCGGUUCUUGGGAGAAUGAGCGACUCGGACAACGAAAUUCGACUUAUUGCAACCACGUCGUUUGCCACGCUGGUGAAGCUUGUCCCGCUGGAAGCAGGAAUCCCUGAUCCGCCGGGCCUGUCCGAAGAACUUCUCAAAGGCCGAGAUCGAGAGAGAACUUUCAUCGCUCAGCUGCUGGAUCCUAAAAAGGUGGAACAGUUCAAGAUCCCUGUCGCUAUUAAAGCCGAACUGCGCUCCUAUCAGCAAGAAGGUGUAAACUGGCUUCACUUCCUCAACAAGUAUCACCUCCAUGGCAUUCUCUGUGAUGACAUGGGCUUAGGCAAGACUCUCCAGACGAUUUGCAUCGUGGCCAGCGAUCACCACGAACGACAAGAGCAAUUUGCCAAGACAGGCGCUGCUGAUGUGAGGCGACUACCAUCCCUUAUUGUUUGCCCUCCCACUCUCUCCGGACACUGGCAGCAGGAAAUUAGGACAUAUGCGCCCUUCCUUACAGUCACAGCUUACGUGGGACCGCCUGCUGAGCGAAAAACAAUGAGAAAUAACCUUGGGGAAACCGACAUUGUAGUCACAUCAUAUGACGUGUGCAGAAACGACACGGAUAUUUUGGACAAACAUAGCUGGAAUUACGUCGUUCUUGACGAGGGCCAUCUGAUCAAGAAUCCCAAGGCGAAAAUUACUCAGGCCGUGAAGAGGCUUGCGAGCAACCACCGCCUCAUCCUCACCGGCACGCCGAUUCAGAACAAUGUUCUGGAGCUCUGGUCAUUGUUUGACUUCCUCAUGCCAGGCUUCCUUGGGGCCGAAAAGGUGUUUCUGGACCGUUUCGCCAAGCCAAUCGCUGCCAGUCGUUUCAGCAAAGCAUCGUCAAAGGAACAGGAAGCUGGCGCGCUGGCAAUUGAGGCGCUCCACAAGCAAGUGCUGCCAUUCUUGUUACGUCGGUUGAAGGAAGAAGUGUUGAACGAUUUGCCGCCAAAGAUUUUGCAAAACUACUACUGCGACCUUAGCGACUUGCAAAAGAAAUUGUUUGAAGACUUCACUAAGAAGCAAGGCAAGAAGCUGCAGUCGGAGGCUGGUCGCGACGACAAGGAAGCAAAACAGCACAUCUUCCAGGCCCUGCAAUACAUGCGGAAACUGUGCAACUCACCAGCUAUGGUCAUGAAACCAGGUACCCCGGCGUACGAGGACACACAGAAGAUCCUGCAGAGGCAAGGGACGUCAGUUGAGGAUCCGAUUCAUGCUCCCAAACUUACGGCCUUGAAAGAUCUCUUGGUUGACUGUGGAAUUGGUGGCGAUGAUGGGGAUGCCAACGAUCCUUUGUAUCAACCGAUCAAACCACACCGAGCGCUUAUCUUUUGUCAAAUGAAGGAAAUGCUCGACAUGGUUGAGAAGAAGGUUUUGAAGGAGCUUUUACCUUCGGUAUCUCACCUUCGACUGGAUGGAUCUGUUGAAGCAAACAAGAGACAGGAUAUCGUCAACAAAUUCAACAGCGAUCCAUCGUAUGAUGUGCUACUCUUGACGACUAGCGUUGGCGGCCUCGGAUUGAAUCUGACCGGUGCAGAUACCGUCAUUUUUGUUGAACAUGACUGGAAUCCACAGAAAGAUUUGCAAGCCAUGGAUCGUGCGCACAGAAUUGGACAAAAGAAGGUGGUCAAUGUAUAUCGCCUGAUCACGCGUGGCACCCUGGAGGAGAAAAUCUUGAGCCUCCAACGGUUCAAGAUUGACGUAGCAUCGACAGUUGUCAAUCAACAAAACGCAGGUUUGUCAACAAUGGAUACAGACCAGAUUCUCGAUCUUUUCAACCUGGGUGACUCUGGGCCCAACCUGAUCUCUGAUAAGCCGCAAAAGGACAUGGACGGACGGGAGGAGGAUAUGGUGGAUAUUGAGACUGGUGAUGUUUUGCGUCAGCCAGGUAAGAAGGCAUGGCUGGAUGAUCUUGGUGAACUAUGGGACAACAAGCAGUAUGAGGAAAGCUUUGACCUGGACGACUUUAUGAAGACCAUGUCAUGA